AUGUUCAUGAGUCAGAUGAAGAUCCAGGUGAAGCAAGCUACGAUCGUGAAGCCAGCCGAGGAAACACCUAUGCACAGUCUAUGGCUUUCCAAUUUAGACUUGAUACAAGUAAGGUUUCACAUGGGCAUCCUCUACUUUUACAACCCUUGUUCCUCCUCUAGUCUUCCCAACACUCAGUCCCUCAUCGAUGCUCUGAGCAAGGUUCUUGUCCUCUUCUACCCUGCCGCUGGGAGGCUACAAAAGGAUAAGAAUGGGAGGUUGGAGGUUCGAUGCAAUGGAGAAGGAGUACUGCUUGUAGAGGCCGAGACUGAUUUUACUAUUCAAGAUGUUGGCUUACUCACUCAAGGUUUGGAUCUCUCUCAACUUGCACCUACUCUUCCUUACUCAGGAGACAUCUCCUCUCUACCACUUCUUCUCUUUCAAGUUACAUAUUUCAAAUGUGGAGCCAUCUGUAUUGGAAGCUUGAUACACCAUACAUUCGGAGACGCUGGCUCUAUUGUAUGUUUCGUGGAAGCAUGGUCUAGAACUGCUCGGGGACUUCCAGUUAAGCUAACUCCAUUCUUUGACCGCACAAUUCUUCGUGCACAGGACCCUCCCUCUCCUGUAUUUCCACACACUGAAUACCAUCCACCUCCUUGUCACAAUCCUCCCGUGACAUCCUUGGUUUACAGAGCAAAUCCUGACUCUGAUUCUGGAGUUGUCAGUCUCAAGCUCACACGCCACCAACUAGGAGCUCUUAGAGCCAAGGCAGAGAUUGCUGAUCAUAAGUUGAUCAGUACAUAUGAACUUCUGGUGGCGCAUGUAUGGCGUUGUGCAUGCUUUGCAAAUGAAGAUUUAAGAGAAGAACACUUGACGAGGUUGCAUAUAAUACUUGAUGGGAGGUCAAGACUACGACCUAAACUUCCACAAGGAUACGUUGGGAACGCUCUCUUUCAUGCUCGCCCCAUAUCCCUGCUGGGUGAUCUUCUUAGGGAGCGUUUCAGCACAACAGUGGAGAGAGUUCAUGGAGAGAUAAGGAAAAUGGACAACGAGUAUUUGAGAUCAGCUAUUGACUUCUUAGAGAGACAUCCUGAUCUCGACCAGCUGGUUCCUGGUGAGGAGAAUCCGAUCUUCAGCUGUGCAGCAAACUUCUGCAUCGUCAGUUUACCCAAGGAUACUGCUUAUGAGUUGGAUUUCGGAUGGGGUAAGCCUUUCUUCAAGAGAACUUCACAUUUGAAUGAAGGGAAAGGUCUUGUAGGUAUGAGCUUAGAUGAAGAAGGAAGCUUUAUGGUGUUCAUGUGCUUGAAGAAGACUCAGCUUGGUAAGUUCAGGAAGCUCUUCUAUGAGUUUCUCAGUGUAUCCUCUUUGUAA